CGGCGGCCGGCGCGAGAAGCGAGUUCCCGGAGCGAGCGGUCGGCGCGUGCGGGCAGCCCCCCGGGACGCGCGGCUCGGCUUCCUGGGGGCUCGGCCGGCCUCGUCCCGGCCUCCCGGGCACCGCCGACUCCCUGGUGAGCUUUGCCUCACCCUCCUGGCAGCCCUGUGCGGAAACUUGGAGACGAGCACGGCUUCUGCCAGUUAUGGGAAGGGAUGCUCCAACACAGUACUGACUCUCCUGGAAUAUGAUUCGAAUUGCAGCCUUGAAUGCCAGCUCCACGGUUGAAGAUGAGCAUGAAGGAAGCUUUAAGAGUCAUAAAACCCAGACGAAGGAGGCUCAGGAAGCAGAGGCCUUUGCCUUAUACCACAGGGCCCUGGAUCUGCAGAAACAUGACCGCUUUGAGGAGUCUGCCAAGGCCUACCAUGAGCUCCUGGAGGCGCGCCUGCUGCGGGAGGCAGUUUCAUCCGGUGACGAAAAAGAGGGUUUGAAACACCCUGGGCUGAUACUGAAAUAUUCUACAUACAAGAACCUGGCCCAGCUGGCAGCCCAGCGUGAGGAUUUGGAGACAGCCAUGGAAUUCUACUUGGAGGCAGUAAUGCUGGACUCCACGGAUGUCAACCUCUGGUACAAAAUCGGACACGUGGCCCUGAGGCUCAUCCGCCUGCCUCUGGCUCGCCACGCCUUCGAGGAAGGGCUGCGGUGCAAUCCUGACCAUUGGCCCUGCCUGGACAACCUCAUCACUGUCCUGUACACCCUCGGCGAUUACACAACAUGUCUGUACUUCAUCUGCAAAGCCUUGGAGAAGGACUGCCGUUACAGCAAGGGACUGGUGCUGAAGGAGAAGAUCUUCGAGGAGCAGCCUUGCCUCCGGAAGGACUCACUCCGGAUGUUCCUCCAAUGUGACAUGUCCAUCCAUGAGGUGUCUGUGAGUCCAGCUGAGGCGCAGGCCAUUGUGGAUGAAGCUCUGGGGCUGCGGAAGAAGAGGCAGGCGCUGAUCGUGCGGGAGAAGGAGCCGGACCUGAAGCUGGUGCAGCCCAUCCCCUUUUUGACCUGGAAGUGCCUUGGUGAGAGCUUGCUGGCCAUGUACAACCACCUCACCACCUGCGAGCCACCGCGGCCCAGCCUCGGCAAGAGGAUCGACCUGUCUGACUACCAAGACCCCAGCCGGCCGCCAGCCUCUUCCGUGGUGAUGACACCCGUCAGUAUGAUACAGCCCAGCCCCGUCAGCGCCAACCCUGCCAUGUCUGUGGCUGAGCCUGUGCUCCCCUAUGCCUCCGUGGCCACGGCCAGCUUCCCACUGCACAGCUCUGGCCUGCUGGAGACAGGCACUCCUGUGGGUGACGUUUCUGGAGGAGACAAGUCCAAGAAAGGAGUGAAGCGGAAGAAAAUCGCGGAAGAGAGCGGAGAGCCAGCCAAGAGGAGGUCUGCUCGGGUCCGGAAUACCAAGUGUAAAAAGGAGGAGAAAGUGGACUUCCAGGAGCUUCUGGUGAAGUUCUUGCCUUCCAGGUUAAGAAAGCUGGACCCUGAGGAGGAAGAUGAUCCAUUUAACAACUAUGAAGUCCAAUCGGAAGCCAAACUGGAAAGCUUCCCGAGCGUGGGGCCUCAUAGAAUGUCGUUUGACUCUGCCACAUUUAUGGAAUCCGAGAAGCAAGAUGUGCAUGAGUUCCUGCUGGAGAACCUGACCAACGGCGGCAUCCUGGAGCUGAUGAUGCGCUACCUGAAGGGAAUGGGCCACAAGUUCCUGUUGAGGUGGCCACCGGGGCUGGCGGAAGUUGUGCUCAGCGUCUACCACAGCUGGAGGAGGCACAGCACCAGCCUGCCCAACCCACUGCUGAGGGACUGCAGCAACAAGCAUAUCAAGGACAUGAUGCUGAUGUCUUUGUCCUGCAUGGAGUUGCAGCUGGACCAGUGGCUGCUGACCAAAGGCAGGAGCUCUGCAGUGUCUCCUCGGAACGGCCCUGCCGGUGUGGUAAACGGCAGAUUUGGACCUGACUUCCCAGGAACCCACUGCCUGGGGGACCUCCUGCAGCUGUCCUUUGCCUCAUCUCAGCGUGAUCUGUUUGAGGAUGGCUGGUUGGAGUUUGUGGUCCGUGUUUACUGGCUCAAGGCUCGCUUUUUGGCACUGCAGGGAGACAUGGAGCAGGCCCUGGAGAACUACGACAUCUGCACAGAGAUGCUCCAGAGUGCCACAGCCAUGCAGGCUGCGGCAGGGGCUGAGCAGAGAGACAUUGUCAUCCGGCUGCCCAACCUCCACAAUGACUCCGUGGUUUCCCUGGAAGAGAUCGAGAAGAACCUGAAGUCACUGGAGCGGUGCCAGUCCCUGGAGGAGAUCCAGCGGCUGUAUGAGGCCGGUGACUAUAAGGCGGUCGUGCAUCUGCUGCGCCCUACUUUGUGCACCAGUGGGUUUGACCGGGCCAAGCACCUGGAGUUCAUGACUUCCAUUCCUGAGAGGCCAGCCCAGCUGCUACUGUUGCAGGACUCCCUGCUCCGGCUGAAGGACCACCAGCAGUGCUUCGAGUGCUCUGACGUGGCUCUGCACGAGGCUGUGCAGCAGAUGAUGAACUCCAGCGAGGCCGCGGCCAAGGAGGAGUGGGUGGCCACAGUGACCCAGCUGCUGCAGGGCAUUGAGCAGGCACUGGCUGCCGACAGCAGUGGCAGCAUCCUGAGGGACCUGUCCUCCACCACCGGCCUGGUCCGGCUCACCAACAACCUCAUCCAGGUCAUUGACUGCAGUAUGGCUGUGCAAGAGGAGCCCAAGGAGCCCCACGUGUCCUCGGUGCUGCCAUGGAUCAUCCUGCACCGGAUCAUCUGGCAGGAGGAAGACACCUUCCGCUCCCUGUGCCACCAGCAGCAACUUCAGAACCCAGUGGAGGAAGGGCUGUCAGAGACACCCAUGUUGCCAUCCUCCCUCAUGCUGCUCAACACAGCCCAUGAGUAUUUGGGCAGAAGGUCCUGGUGCUGCAAUUCUGACGGGGCUCUGCUGAGAUUCUACGUGCGAGUUCUCCACAAGGAGCUUGCUGCAUCCACCUCUGAAGACACACACCCCUACAAGGAAGAGCUGGAGACAGCCUUGGAGCAAUGCUUCUACUGCCUGUACAGCUUCCCCAGCAAGAAGAGCAAGGCCAGGUACCUGGAGGAGCACUCGGCCCAGCAGGUGGACCUCAUAUGGGAGGAUGCUCUGUUUAUGUUUGAAUAUUUUAAACCCAAGACACUUCCUGAAUUUGACAGUUAUAAGACCAGUACUGUGUCUGCUGACUUGGCCAACCUCUUGAAGAGAAUUGCCACCAUUGUGCCCCGCACAGAGAGGCCAGCACUGAGUAUGGACAAGGUCUCCGCCUACAUCGAGGGCACUUCAUCCGAGGUGCCCUGCCUUCCAGAAGGUGCUGACCCCUCCCCUCCCGUGGUAAAUGAACUCUACUACCUCCUGGCUGAUUAUCAUUUCAAAAACAAGGAGCAGUCCAAGGCCAUCAAAUUUUAUAUGCAUGACAUCUGCAUCUGCCCCAACAGGUUCGAUUCCUGGGCAGGCAUGGCCCUGGCGCGGGCCAGCCGCAUUCAGGACAAGCUGAACUCCAAUGAACUGAAGAGCGAUGGGCCCAUCUGGAAGCAUGCCACACCUGUCCUGAACUGUUUCCGGCGAGCUCUGGAGAUCGACAGCUCGAACCUAUCCCUGUGGAUUGAGUAUGGCACCAUGUCCUACGCCUUACACUCAUUCGCCUCCCGCCAGCUGAAGCAGUGGCGAGCCGAGCUGCCCCCUGAGCUUGUGCAGCAGAUGGAGGGCCGGCGGGACAGCAUGCUGGAGACCGCCAGGCACUGUUUCACAUCGGCGGCCCGCUGCGAGGGUGAUGGCGACGAGGAGGAGUGGCUCAUCCACUACAUGCUGGGCAAGGUGGCUGAGAAGCAGCAGCAGCCGCCUGCCGUCUACCUGCUGCACUACCGGCAGGCGGGCCACUACUUGCACGAGGAGGCAGCCCGCUACCCCAAGAAGAUCCAUUACCACAAUCCACCUGAGCUGGCCAUGGAGGCCCUGGAGGUAUACUUCCGACUCCAUGCUUCCAUCCUGAAGCUCCUGGGGAAACCCGACUCUGGGGUUGCUGCAGAGGUCUUGGUCAACUUCAUGAAGGAGGCUGCUGAAGGACCCUUUGCCAGGGGUGAGGAGAAGAAUACACCCAAAGCUUCGGAAAAGGAAAAGGCCUGCCUGGUGGACGAGGACUCCCACUCUUCAGCUGGGACACUGCCGGGCCCCGGAGCCUCCCUACCCUCCUCCUCUGGCCCAGGUCUGACAUCCCCACCUUACACAGCCACUCCGAUUGACCACGAUUACGUCAAAUGUAAAAAACCCCACCAGCAGGCGACGCCGGACGACCGCAGCCAGGACAGCACAGCCGUGGCACUCUCAGACUCCAGCUUGACCCAGGACUUCUUUAACGAGCCCGCCAGCUCCCUGGAAGGCCCUCGGAAGCCCUCCGUGGAGAAGAAGCCGCCCACUCUCAGUUCCCAGCCAGCAGCAACGGGUAAAGACCUUCAGGGGCCUGCAGAGGAAAGAGGGAAAACUGAGGAGUCCUUGGAGAGCACAGAAGGCUUCCGGGCCACAGAGCAAGGCAGCCAGAAGGCUGCUGCAGAUCCCGCAGCCUCUGCAGGCAUCCCCGUCAAGCCUCCAGCGUCUGCCCCUGCCCCGUGGGACGGGAGGAAGAGAGGAGACCCCCUGGCAGAGCCUGCCGCCUUCCCACAGGGACUGCCGGCCGGCGCAGAGGAACAGCGCCAGUUCCUCACGGAGCAGUGCAUCGCCUCCUUCCGCCUGUGCCUGAGCCGCUUCCCCCAGCACUAUAAGAGCCUCUACCGGCUGGCCUUCCUCUACACACACAGCAAGACCCACCGGAACCUCCAGUGGGCCCGCGACGUGUUGCUAGGCAGCAGUAUCCCAUGGCAACAGCUGCAGCACAUGCCGGCACAGGGGCUCUUCUGCGAGAGGAACAAGACCAAUUUCUUCAACGGCAUCUGGCGGAUCCCCGUGGACGAGAUCGACCGGCCAGGCAGCUUCGCCUGGCACAUGAACCGCUCCAUCGUCCUGCUGCUCAAGGUGCUGGCCCAGCUCGGGGACCACAGCACUCUGCUGAAGGUGUCCUCCAUGCUGCAGCGGACCCCAGACCAGGGCAAGAAAUAUCUGCGAGAUGCUGACCGCCAGGUCCUGGCGCAGCGGGCCUUCAUCCUCACUGUGAAGGUGCUGGAAGACACGCUGAGCGAGCUCGCCGAGGGAUCAGAACGACCAGGGUCCAAGGGCGGCCCCCCAGGACCCAGGAUGACCACCGACGCCUCCCACAAGGCCAGUCCUGAGGGAGGCCAGGAGGGCAGCCUUCCCCACCCCAAGAAGCCCCCUCUGGCUGAUGGCUCCGGGACAGGGCCCGAGUCAGGGGGCAGAGCGGGACCCCCAAACCACCGGCCAGUAGCCAUGGACUCGGGAGACAGCGCCGAGCAGGGCGGGGAGCGGAGGGACAAGGAGAGCCCGCGGCUGGGGCCUGCCGAGCCCAUGGACACAGGGGAGGCCACUGGCCGCCGUGCCCCCGAUACAGAGCGGACACCCCCCCUGCCACCCGGGCGCCUCCCCAGGGACCGAGUUCCCGAGAGCCGGCCCACCGAGCUGUCCCUGGAGGAGCUGAGCAUCAGUACCAGGCAGCAGCCCACACCCCCAGCCUUGCUCACUCCUGCCCUCUCCACCCCCACCAUCAUGGGCGCCCGGGCGGGCAGCCACGCUGACGAGCCACCCCCGAGGCCCAGCCGCAAGAGGAAACUCCUGGAGGACACAGAGUCGGGCAAGACGCUGCUCCUGGAUGCGUACCGUGUGUGGCAGCAGGGCCAGAAGGGCGUGGCCUACGACCUGGGCCGCAUCGAGAGGAUCAUGUCUGAGACAUACAUGCUCAUCAAGCAGGUGGACGAGGAGGCAGCGCUGGAGCAGGCCGUGAAGUUCUGUCAGGUCCACCUUGGGGCUGCCGCCCAGAGACAAGCCUCAGGAGACACACCUACCACCCCGAAGCACCCCAAGGACAGCCGAGAGAACUUCUUUCCUGCAGCAGUGGCUCCCGUGGCCCCCGACCCCAUGCAGGCUGAUGCCCACCAGCGGCCCAACGACACCCAGGCCAAGCCUCGCCCUGCACUGGCCAACACCACGGCCAUUGUCACCUGCCCAGCCUCAUCCUCCACCUCCACCCCACACACGUCCAAGGACAGCGGGCAUUCCCGGCCACACAGGCCAGAGGCCACCCCCAGCAUGGCCCCUCUGGGCCCAGAGAGAGAGGAGCUGGCCGGAGUGGCCGAGGGCCCUGGCUUCCCACCCCAGGAGCCGCAACAGAGCCAGCAGGUGAAGCCGGCCCCCACGGGACCCCCAGCAGAGCCUUCCUGCUGGCCGGUGGAGACUGCCCCCCAGCCGGGACCAGAGCCCACCUGCAGCCAAGCCGCCUGCUCCAAGGUCCCCAGCAGUGGGAACACCCAGCCACCUGAGGGCCACACAAACAAGACCGAGCCGUGCCGGGCCAGGGCACGCCUCUUGCCCAACAUGCCGAAGCUGGUCAUCCCCUCGGCUGCCACCAAGUUCCCCCCGGAGAUCACUGUCACACCACCCACCCCAACCCUGCUCUCCCCAAAAGGCAGCAUCUCCGAGGAGACCAAGCAGAAGCUGAAGUCGGCCAUCCUGUCCGCCCAGUCGGCUGCCAACGUGCGGAAGGAGAGCCUGUGCCAGCCAGCCCUGGAGGUUCUGGAAACAUCCAGCCAGGAGUCCUCGCUGGAGAGUGAGACCGAUGAGGAUGACGACUGCAUGGACCUGUGAGGGCCGCGCGCCCUGUCCUAUGAAAUAGCAGUUGGCCUCGUGAGCCCAGCGCCCCCGUCCACGCCCGCACCCCACACUCCAUCCCGCAACCCACCCCUUUUGUUUGUUUUGUUUCUUUUCUAAUAAAGAUGGAACAGUU